AUUGUCUCUCCCCCUCUCACUCUCCCCUUACCCUUCAAGAUUAAUAUUAUCAGCGUUGAGUUCGUUGUUGACGAUUAACGGAUUCUCACUCUCUGCAAACAAUGUCUAGUACCAAGAUGAACAUUCCGAAACCUCCUCCUCUUCCUCUUCCUCGUAUAACCUACCAGCGUCCUCAAGCUUCUUCCACAAGGAACCCUUCCAGCUCAUCAUCACGCCUUGUGCCAAAAGAAUCAGUAGCAACUUGGGAAAAGGUUUUCAUAGAUGGAACUGGAGGUGAUACCAAUGUUCACACCGAGGACAACUUUUAUCUAUUAGCCCAUUCAAGUAUCCUGUCUGCAGCUUCACCUGUUAUAGCGAACCUUCUCAAUCAGUCCAGGGACCAAAAUGGAAAACCAUACCUCAAAAUCUCUGGAGUGCCUUAUCAACCAGUCUACAUGUUCCUUCGGUUUCUCUACUCGUCCUGCUACGAGGAGGAAGAAAUGAAGGAGUGUGUGAUCCCUUUGAUUUUUCUCUCACACAUCUACUCGGUUCCAUCUCUCAAAAGAGUCUGCGUAGAGGUUCUUGACCAAGAAGGAUACAUCAACAAGGAGAACGUGGUCGACGUGCUCCUGCUAGCACGAGCCUGCGACGCCCCGAGGAUUUGCUUUCGAUGUAUCUCGAUGGUCGUCAAGGACUACGAAUCUAUCUCUCCAACGGAAGGAUGGAAAGAGAUGAUACGGUCUGAUCUUCUCCUCGAACAAGAAGUCGAGGCGGUUGUCGAAGCGCAGGAAGAGAGACAAGAGAGAAGGGUAAAGCUCAAGGAGAAGAAGAUGUAUUUGGAGCUUUAUGAAACCCUAGAAGCUCUUGUGCACAUUUAUAGAGAAGGUUGCGUGACGAUCGGGCCUCGUGAUAAAGCGCUUAAAGGAGGAAGCGAGACAGUGUGUGAGUUCCGGUUUUGUAAAGGAGUUGAAGGUGCGCUUCGACAUUUCUUGGGAUGCAAGUCUAGGGCUUCUUGUCCUCGUUGCAAAAGGUUGUGGCAGCUUUUUCAGCUUCACGCUUGUAUCUGUGAUGAUGAUUCUGAUUCUUGUGAGGUCCCUCUCUGCCGGAGUUUGAUGGAGAAAAUGAAGAUUAGGAAGAAAGAAGAUGAAUCUACAGUGCGAUUGCUUGCGGAAAAAGUUAUUACAGCCAAGAACAGUCUAGGGCCAUUCUCUGCACGUCUUUUUGCUUUGGUAUAAGACAGGUUUUAGAGUCACUAAAAUGUAAAUAUAUUCAAGGGAAAUUGAUAUAGACUAUGUGGUAUAUUGCGCAAGAAGAAGGCACACAAUAGUCUUUGUAAAGAAGUUUUUGCACCAUUGUACACAUUUGAUGUGUAUGUAUUAUGUUAGACGUCAAGAUAUACACAAUAUUGUCCUAAA